AGAGACAAAAGAAAAAGAAACUCGUGGAUCUAAUUAACUCCCUGCCUCUUAUAUCCUCUCUCUCUCUCAAAGAUUCCUUUCCUCUUCUCUUCCAUGCGUUAUCUCCUCUGAUUCUCUCAUUCAUUCAUGGCCGUUAUCCACCGUUCAGAUCCGCUCUCUCGGAUCCACCCGGAACCGCUACACCAACCCGACUUCUUCGACCACCUCCCCGACUCCAUCCUCCUCCUCGUCUUCAACCGCAUCGGCGACGUCAAAGCCCUCGGCCGAUGCGGCGUCGUUUCCAAGAGAUUCCACUCCCUCGUCCCCCAAGUCGAGAACGUCGUCGUUCGUGUCGACUGCGUCAUCUCCGACGACGACGAUCCCUCCUCCCUCUCCCCCGACAAGCCUCGCUCCUCCGCCUCCCCCUUCUCCGCCAUCUUCCGCCUCAUCUUCAAGCCUUUACACGCUUUGACACAGCUCCUCGCCACUAAACGCUCAUCUUCAUCACCGUCUCCUUCUCCUUCGUCCUCGUCGUUGUCUAUCACAGGAGGAGGAGAAGACGGAGAGAUCGAGCAAGGCGGCGUGACUCACCACUCCCCGACGCAGGUCCUCAAAAACUUCAACGAGAUUCGUUUCCUCCGCAUCGAGCUUCCCGCCGGCGAGUUAGGCAUAGACGACGGCGUUUUGCUGAAAUGGCGUGCGGAGUUCGGAUCAACCCUCGAGAAUUGCGUCAUCCUCGGCGCCUCCUCCGUGGCCACAGACCCUCCUCCUUCCGACGACAGCAACGCGGCGGCGGCGGUGGAGGACAACGGGAGCAUACCGGAGUCGUUCUACACGAACGGAGGGCUCAAGCUUCGUGUCGUGUGGACGAUCAGCUCCUUGAUCGCUGCCUCCGCGAGGCACUACUUGCUUCAGCCGAUCAUCGCGGAGCACAAGACGCUUGAUAGUUUGGUGCUGACGGAUACCGAUGGGCAAGGGGUGCUUUGUAUGAACAGAGACCAGUUGGAGGAGUUGAGGGUGAAACCGUUGUCUGCUUCUUCGGCUUCUAAGAGGACGCUUGUGCCGGCUCUGAACAUGAGGCUUUGGUAUGCUCCUUCUUUGGAGUUGCCUGAUGGGACUGUGUUGAAGGGUGCGACUUUGGUGGCGAUUAGACCUAGUGAGUCGAAGAAGGAGGUGUGUGAUGUUUCUUGGGUUUCUUCUGCGUUUGAUGGGGUUUAUGGGGUGGCUGCUAAGAUGCUGGUUAAGAGAAGGACUUACUGUCUUGAGAUGAACUCGUUCUAAGGUGCAAGAGUUGGAGUCUCGUCUUGAGGUGGAUCCCGAAGGCUGUCCAGGUUUUGGAUAGAGAGACUAAAGUGCAUAAGAUCAGUUUUGUCAUUCUCAGAUUCACCAUUGGGGCGGGCACUCCAUAGAAUUAAUGACUCAAUGCUUCUAGUUCCGGCUGCUCAGACACCAGAAACCGCAUCAGCUGGCUGCUUCUUUUUUUAUUUUCAGCUCGCAUUGCAAUCGUGCAAGAGCAAGUUUCUUAUCUUAUAAAAUCUUCCUCUGUGCAUCUUUCUUUCAUUAUUAUGUUAAUAUUAUUUGUAGGUAAGUGAUACAGUUUGAUUCUCCCUUGUCUUUAUAUAUUUCUCCCAAGUUGUUAAAUAAAAUAAAAUUGAGAGCA